AUGCGUAGGCCAACUAGUGAUGUAAGGCAACGCGAUGUCCGUCGUUCAAUUGUUUUCGACCAAAAUGGCACACGACGGCGUAAUUCUAGUGUCCCUUUUAACACCCGACAGGAAAAGCCACGACUUUCCCAGGAUAGUGAAACAGAUUUUCUUUGUGAUCGAGCCGUCGAGUUUAUGGAGUCUGGUGAUAUUUGCAGCAUCGUGACAGUGGAAUUAGCUGAGCAGAGUGCUUAUUUUGAGAGACUACUGCGCUAUCAUAGAGGACGCGGAGUUAUCCGCCUGCCGGAAUUCCUCAAUGCUGGCUUCAACUCAGUAGUCGAGUAUAUUAGACGUGGCUCUACCCCUAUUACUCCAGAAAAUAUUUAUGACAUAUUCAUAGCCGCUGAUUACCUUUUGGUGUUAAGAUUAAAGGAGGAGUGCGCAACCUAUAUUCAGGAGAUUUCCAACGAUCCAUCAACAGCAAUCAAUCUUUGGUUAAGGGGAAGGUCGUUAUUUUGGCCUGAGAUAGGCGAAAUGGCCUUUCAAAAGAUUCUCGAGAACUUUGAAAGCGUGUGGCUGUCCGAUGAAUUUCUUCAUAUGGAAGCAGAAGACGUUGAGUCCAUAAUCAGAAGUGAUGCUCUUAAUUGUAAAAGUGAAGUUACUGUCUUUUCCGCCACAAUGAGAUGGAUAUCAGCAGACCAAGAAAAACGAAUGGACCAAGCCCUUAACCUUCUCUGGAACAUACGUUUGGGUAUGGCAAGUGAAACCGACCUUGAGAAGAUGAAAACUCACGAGCAUCUCACCCUUGUUCCUGAUUUUGCUCAGACGGUUCUUGAGUGGCCCAAUAGUAUUUACGCACUCUUGGGCCGCUUAAAUGAAACUCAACGCCACAAUUUGACCAAACCAAGAAUGCCCCAUGAAGUUCUUUGUGUAUUUGGAGGCUGGUGCGAUGGAGAGGGUCCCCGAGCCGCAGCUCAGAUUUACAGUCCCUGCAGCAACUCAUGGACGCUUUGGACUGAGGCGGGCUGUCAAACGCAGAGCCCCAAGUACGAAUGGCUGAAUAGUCUGCAACCGGAUGGUUCCACGACCUCUCCAAUGGACGCCGAGUCGGUUGUGCAUCCACCAGCUAAGCUCCCCGAGGGUCUCUACAACUGCUCUGAUCGACUUAUUGGUGCCAAUGAGGUCUCCUGUCUUAUUGGUGAAAUCCCACGCAGGGUGUACGCUGGUUGUGUCUUGGUGGGUAGUCGCGUUUAUCUCGUUGGUGGGUUCGACGGAACAAAUGCACUCAAAUCAACACUCUGCUAUGAUUUUGAAUUGGACUCUGGAUGGUACGAAAUUAGUUGCAUGUACGAGAAGCGUUACUACGUCAGCGUUGCAUACGCCGCUCGCUACAUUUACGCACUCGGAGGGCACAACGGAGAGAACCAAGGACGCCUAGAUUCGGCUGAACGCUACAAUCUAGAUGAGAACCUAUGGCAACCAAUUGCAUCGAUGAAUCGAAUUCGGAGUGAUGCCGCAGCUACGGAACUCAACAACCGGGUCUACGUCGCCGGCGGCUUUGAAGGACGUCGGUAUCACGACUCUGCAGAGUACUACGACGCUGACUCGAAUCAAUGGACACUUAUCAGCCGUAUGCACUCUCCUCGAGGCGGAAUAUCACUUGCAGCUCAUGGUGGCUAUAUUUACGCUAUUGGCGGCAAUGACGGAAGCACGCGACUUCGUAGCAUUGAACGCUUUGAUCCUAACACCGGGAAGUGGGAAAUUGUCGGACAAAUGAACCGCAGGAAAAGUAACCUCUCAUCUGCAGUGCUUGGAGAUGACAUCUACAUAAUCGGAGGAUGGUCUGAUGAACCCGAGGCGGGUAUUCUUAGCUUGGUUGAAUGUUUUGACACAAAGACACAUGAAUGCUCUGAGAUUCGGCCCCUAACUUUCCCCGCCAGUGCCACCUGUGCCUGUACCUUGAAAAACAGGGUACUGGUCUCAAAGUUUGUAAAUCCGCAGCCAAAUUCCAAUCAUUCAACGCCAAUGUUUACGGAUGAAGUAGUUCAGUCAAAUGGGUUGACUAAUGAAUCUAUCGCUGGAUGUUCACCCAUGGUAAUUUGGACUACGAACCCUUCAGAGGCUAACACCAUCACAACUCAUGAGGCAAGAAGCUCCACAAAUAAUCCCACAAAUGGUGCUCUUCCUGCAUUACCCUACAACACCAGUUCGAACAAUCUCCAUUACGAAGAGAUGCAGCAGGACAUCCAAGUGUCCAGUAUGGACUGCACGAACGACUACUUAACAAGUGACCUUGACGAAACUUAUUCGUCCGUGACAUCGUCGUCACCGGAGUCGUCGCGAUGCCCCUCACCGCCCGGUACUCUUUUGCAGACACCUAUCGACGAACCUGCAGCCCAAAGUUUUGCUUCCUCUCAUCAAAAGUUCAUUCAUGAUUGCUUUGCCCACCUUACGACACUGUCCUCACCCUCACCAGAUUAUCGACCUCCUACUACUCUUAUCGCAGCAGAAAACCGGCGCCGGAGUCUGCGAUCUUCAACCAGGCGCAACAUGUAUUAA